GAAGGUCAUAAUCCCCAUGUGAGUCGUUUUGCGGUCAUCACCUGAACGCUGUCGAACCGAAUGUGGUUUUUGAUUGUUGCUCCUGAACUUCGUGAAGAAUCAUGAGACAUCCAGCGAAAAGACCUGAGCCCGAGUUAACCCAUCGGCCGAUUGAAUCUCAAGAGUCGCCGUCUUCUGGUAUUAAUGGAGGAAGAGAAACGCAUGAAGCCACUCCGUUGUUGCAACCAUCAAGGACGUCAUCAGCCUCUCCAUCGUCUUCUCAUCAAGAGGGAACAGGUUGGAUGACAAAUUCUUGUGGGCGUUGUGAUGCGUGGUGCGCGAAUGCGAAAGUCAAGGCGUACAUGAGCAUGUACGGGGUUGCUUCUUUAUUGGGAUUGUUCGGCUACUGGGUGUACCUGACUAUUGCCUACAGACAUCCGUAUCGCCAAAUGCGAUACACCAUGGCAGCUCUGGUGACCAACUGCGUGUUGUAUGGCGCAGCAGCUGGUGUUGUUCGUUUCCGACGCCGACGUCUGCGAAUGGUCCCCUCAAUGCUCGCGGUUUGACGAGUAUACAUGUACGUGUCCUGCCCCUUUUGUGCAAAUGCUGUAAUUAUCCAAUCGUUGUUCUGUCCUGUUUUUUCGAUUCAGAUUCUUUGC